UUUGCAAUGUUUGGUAUGCUGAGUCCUGCUAGUCGUGGUGCUCUAUUGACUGCCAGUAUUGUGCUGUUCAUGUUUAUGGGGCUUAUAUCAGGCUAUCACGCCGCUAGGAUGUUCAGAACACUUAAAGGAAAUGAGUGGAAGAUGGCGGCCACUUUGACUGCAGUGCUGUAUCCUUCUGUUAUUUUUGGUAUUGGAUUUCUAUUGAACUUCUUCAUUUGGGGCAAGCAUUCAUCUGGAGCGGUUCCAUUCACGACAAUGAUUGCCCUCCUCUUCCUCUGGUUUGGUAUUUCCUUCCCUCUUGUUUUUAUCGGGUUUUAUUUCGGAUAUCGCAAGCAGCCUUACGAGCACCCGGUCCGGACCAAUCAGAUCCCCCGACAGAUCCCCGACCAGCCCUGGUAUCUCAGUCCUUUCCUUAGCUCCACUGUUGCCGGGAUCCUUCCAUUUGGGGCCAUCUUUGUAGAGCUAUUCUUUAUACUUUCAGUAAGUGAAAUGAGUACAUGUACAAGUACAGUACAGCUCAGCUAUAACUUUACUUAUCGUGUACACAUCACGAGUGUAAAA